AUGGCGUUCUUUCUAAGGCGCCCCUUCGCCGUUCCAACGGCUCUUCGUCAAGCCCCUAAGGCAGCGAACACCGCUCGCUUCAUCCACAACUCACCUAUCAAGCCCGUUCAGUCCAAGCCUCUGGGUCCCUCCUCGUCCUCGAUCUUCGCACAGUCCAGACAGACUUUCCAGAAUGCCUUCCGGCGCACGUACAUGCAGCCCACUUACGGCACAGCUCAGGGCAACCUCACUCAGCGCCUGCUCUAUGGUGCGGCCAUUGUGGGUGGCACUAUCAUGGCUACCAACUUCAUUUUCAACCGUGAAACAAGAGAGGAUGGUGGAAUGCCUGACUACGAGCGAAGCUAUCUGAACGAAACUUUCAUGCACACCGGACUUGGUAUUGGUAUCAUCGGUAUCGCCGCUAGAGCUCUGCACAUGAAUGGAUGGUCUUAUCGUUUGAUGGCAACCAACCCUUGGCUGGUUGCCGGUGUUGGUCUGGUUGCAAGCAUGGGCACGAUGUUCGGUACCUACUACACUUCUCCCGAUAACUAUGUCAUGAAGUAUGGUCUCUGGGCUGCCUUCAACGUCACUCAGGCUGCGCUCCUUUCCCCUUUGAUGUUCAUGCACCCUGCUCUGCUCGCUCGUGCCGGUCUCUACACUGUUGGCAUGAUGGGUUCGAUUGCGUUCGUCGGUGCCACCGCGAAGCAGGAGAAGUACCUUUACCUAGGUGCUCCUCUCCUCGCUGGUGUGACCGUCGUUGCUCUUUCCGGCUUGGCUCCCCUCGUUAUUCCCGCCACUGCCACACGUGCUCUGAUGUGGUCCGAGAAGAUUUGGUUGUACGGUGGUCUCGCUGUAUUCGGUGGCUUCACCCUUUAUGACGUCCAAAAGAUCCUGCACCACGCUCGUUUGGCCCAAAGAGGACUUGUUCGCAGGGAUGUCGUCAACGAGAGCAUCAGCCUCGAGCUAGACUUCAUCAACAUCUUCGUCCGUAUGGUACAGAUUUUGGCCAUGCAGCGCCAAAACCGGAAGUAA